AUGCGCGAGGCAUAUUGUUGUGUAGGGCCCUGGAAUGUUCGAACUCCUGACAUUGCCGGCCAGGUUGAUCGCAUUGCUUGUGUUGCAUUUGAAAUGUUUGAUGUGAUUCUCACAAACAAUAUAUUUCGGGAUAUCUGUUCUGAUCAAGCAUCAAAGAUUUCGGGAAGCAUUGGGAUGCUGCCACCGACAGAACCUGGAGGCCUGGAAUAUUCGAACCCAUACAUGGAUCUGCUCGGUCAGGACAAAGCGAAUCCACUAGCAGCGGUGCGUAGUGCUGCCGUGCUUUUGAAGUACGGGUUGGGUGAGGAAAGAGCCACGCAAAGAACUGAGGUAGCCGUCUUGGAUGUUCUAGAGAGAGGAUCUCGCACUGGCAACAUAUUCUCGGCUGGAAUGAUUGUCUGA